AUGACGUCUCUUCUUUUCCUACUUUCUAAGGGAGUUUUAUUGUCUCAUGGAAAUUUGAUUGCAAAUGUUGCUGGUGGAAGUCUUUCUGUCAAUUUCCUGCCAUCAGAUGUGUGGGUAUCGAGUUGCCACUUUACUUACAUAUCCUAUCUUCCCCUGGCACACAUCUAUGAAAGGGUGAAUCAGAUAACAGUGCUGUAUUAUGGAGUUGCAGUUGGAUUCUAUCAGGGAGACAAUUUGAAACUAAUGGAUGAUGUGGCUGCUUUGAGACCCACUAUAUUCUGCAGCGUGCCUCGACUGUACAACAGAAUAUAUGAUGGUGUUAUGAAUGCUGUGAAAAUGUCUGGAGUUCUCAGAGAGAGGAUAUUUAAUGUUGCCUACAAUUCUAAGAAGCAAUCUUUAUUGACUGGAAAAAGUCCAUCUCCUAUAUGGGACAGAUUGGUGUUCAAUAAAAUUAAGGAAAAGCUAGGAGGACGGGUUCGUUUUAUGGCAUCAGGUGCAUCACCCUUGUCACCUGAUGUGAUGGACUUCUUAAGGGUGUGUUUUGGGUGUCGAGUUUUGGAAGGGUAUGGCAUGACGGAAACUUCUUGUGUUAUAAGCUCUAUGGAAGAGGGCGAUAACCUUUCUGGCCAUGUUGGCUCUCCUAAUCCUGCUUGUGAAAUAAAGCUUGUGGAUGUUCCGGAAAUGAGUUAUACAUCAGAGGAUCAGCCCUAUCCACGGGGUGAAAUCUGUGUGAGAGGUCCCAUUGUAUUCCAAGGCUACCACAAAGAUGAAAUUCAAACGAGAGAAGUAAUUGAUGCUGAUGGAUGGCUUCAUACUGGAGAUAUAGGACUGUGGUCAUCUGGAGGUCGCCUAAAGAUAAUUGAUAGGAAGAAAAACAUAUUCAAGUUGGCACAGGGGGAGUACAUAGCUCCAGAGAAAAUUGAGAAUGUUUAUGCCAAAUGCAAAUUCGUGGCCCAGUGCUUUGUCUAUGGUGAUAGCCUCAACUCUUCCCUUGUUGCUGUUGUAUCAGUCGACCCUGAUAUGUUGAAAGCUUGGGCCGCCAAUGAAGGAAUUAAGUACAAAGAUUUAGGAGAAUUGUGCAGUCACCCAAGAACAAGGGCUGCUGUCUUGGCAGAUAUGGAUGCUGUUGGAAGGGAAUCUCAGCUAAGAGGUUUUGAGUUUGCCAAAGCUGUGACUUUAGUGCCCGAACCAUUCACAAUGGAGAAUGGCCUUCUGACACCAACUCUCAAGGCGAGUAUUGAAUGGAAUGAUGUGAAGAGACCACAAGCAAAGGCAUACUUCGCGAAAGCCAUAGCUGACAUGUAUGCAGAGCUUUCAAAGUCUGAUCCUUCUUCUCAAAAGAUAUUGUGA